AUGGCUGCGGGCAAGCCACUUGUCUUUUUGCUCUUGGUGGAGGGGCUCCUGCCCUUGGAGGGAUAUGACGUCAUGUCAGCGCAAGGCAAAAGCAAAGCGGAUCCCGCAGCAUUGCGCUCACUCGCUGGUACAACUGCAGCUAUUCAACUCAGUUAUGGCGGGCGGUUAUACUUUUUUUGCGCGAUCAAGCAACCAGAUCGCGAGUAUGUCACGACGCAUCCGACCCGCCUCCUCACCAGGCCAGUCCAGCCUCCAGGCUUCUCCGACGAUCCUGCUUUGGUCACACACAGGCCGCUUCUUAUUAUCACUCCACCGAAAGGUAUAUAUGACGAUGCAGGGAGCACUCCAGACGAUACACUCACCCCGGAAACAACUGUGCCUUUUCAAGCCGAGGUGCCCUUCGAGACUGAUGCGCCCAUCGAAAUCACUACGACAACAACAUCUGCAGUGCCAGCUACACCAUCUUUACCAUUUGCAACAUCAACCUCGUUUCCACCAAUUACGCCGUUGCCAACAGCAGAAAUACCAACGGCAUCACCAACGACUAUGACUACUACGACUACGACAACAGAAGACGCAGAAGCCCAAAUCGCUUCCACCUCUAUCGAUCUCUCUCCUAUCCCCUUCAUAGGUCCUCGUUUCGUAAAACAGUCUGCAGUAUCCUCAAUGGCAAACCCAGCCUCCAUGCCAACAGCUUUCACCAGUGCCGCUGCUGGCCUCAUUGCUAUUGUCGGAUCUGCAGCAACAUGGUACCACGCUGUCUCGCAUCAAAAUGCCAGGGACAAAUCCAGCCCUGAGUAGAAAAAAAAAAGACAACAACCCUCCCGGAAAUACGAACUCAAAAAAUCGAAAAAAAAAAAGAUGUGAAAAAAAAAAUCUUCAUUUUGCAACCAUUUUUACCAAAUUAAUAAGUCCCAACUCAAAUGCCCUCGAGCGAUUUUUUUUUUUGUAAAUUCUUUGCUCGUAAUCAUCUUGCUUUUUCAUUUUUUUCGGGUUUUGCCUCAUAUGUUUUUUUUUGUGUAUCCGACCAUCGGUUGUCUAGCGAAAAAAAAAAAAAUUGAUAAUGAUAACAGUGAAUGAAAGAUCGUUAUGGAAAUCCUUGUGCGUUUCUCAUCAAUAGCAUGGUAGCUGAUCGCAUGUCGAACUAAUGCUUGGGGAUGCAAAAAACAUGUAUCGCCAGUUCAUAAGCCCCUCCGAGAUCCCAACAAUUGCAAGACUGGUGAGUUGUAAUCCAAAUGCUGUGAAAUCAAACUUUCUCUUGAGCCCCGGAGGCGUGUAAAGUUAUCGGUCCUCUACCGCAGACCAUGCCAGAGUCACGAUGGCUGGGAUAAGCUUUCCCGCUUCAACACAAGGUUUCCAUUGCCCUCGCUCUCGAGCGGUAGCUCUAUUUCAUACCCACUCCCGG